ACUGCGUGUGUGUGAGAUGCGCGUUUCAUAUUGUCACGUGACCCAAGAUUGCUCCUUAUCGUGGCAAGUUGCGUUUGCAUGUUAUUGUCGUUAUAUUUUGUCAAAUAAUUCGAAUGGUGAGAAAUUGAUGUUAUUUGGAAUUACUAAGAAACUCUGUACUGCAGCCAUGGCCGAGAAUUUGUUUGUUAAACGAGCGACACUGACUGAUGAAAAAAUAAAGAUUCUUACUCAACAAGUCGAAAAGCUGAAGCAAAAAGCGAUUGCUGUGGCCAUCGAAAAAGAAGAGCAAAGAUUGAAACAUGAGAAUGAGAGACUUAAAGAGGAUGUGGAAAACCUAAAAACAAGACUAAUAAUAGCUGAAAUAAAAAAUGGAAAGAUGCAGGUUCAACUGCCUUCCAGAAAAUCAACAGGCUCAAAAAAGAAUGUUCCUCCUUCUGACUCAUCUAAACCAGCCCAGGCCAAGAGCAAUGUUGAUCCAGAUGCAAAGAAACAAAAAUCAGAAAAACCAUCGAAAAAGAAGGCCGCAGCGCAAAAGCCAAAGGGGGAAGAAGGUCCCGUUGAUGUCUCGAGACUGGAUUUUCGAAUUGGAAGAAUAGUAAAGGCAGAAAAACAUCCUGAUGCCGACAGCCUUUAUAUAGAAGAUGUUGAAACCGGGGAAGAAAAAAAUAGAACUGUAAUCAGUGGCCUGGUCAAAUUCAUUCCUAUUGAAGAGAUGCAAAACAGGAUGGUGAUACUGAUGAUGAAUCUUAAACCAGUGAAGAUGCGAGGAAUCUUGUCUCAAGCUAUGGUGAUGUGUGCGAGUUCUCCAGACAAGAUUGAAAUUCUGGUUCCUCCGCCUGGGUGUGUUCCUGGGGAUCGUGUCACAUUUGAGGGCUACUCGGGUGAACCAGACGCUCAACUAAAUCCAAAGAAAAAAGUAUGGGAUCAAGUCCAACCAGAUCUCAAAACUGAUGCAAAUAGAGUAGCCUGCUACAAAGGAAUUCCUUUCACAGUUCCUGGAAAAGGCAUCUGUACAGCACCAACUAUGGCAAACAGUGCAAUUAAAUAAACCAACGUUAAUAAUACACACAAUAAGUUCAACUAAAAAUCCUUUGUAUUAAAUUUGUUUGCAAAUUCGCUGCACACUAAUAAAAACAAUACACAUUAUAAUGCUGGUGCUAUUCCGACCAACAUGUUAUUUUUUGGGGAGCAAUUGUGGGGUUGCAUAGUAUAUAGCUCCGCGUUAUAGCCGUGUUCUUUCGCUGCAUUCAUUCUAUCGACAUCAACUAGUCCCAUACAGAGCUUGCCUGCAAAUAUAAAUUGAAUA